UCUCUGGGCUUAUCUUGGCAUGUUUAUGUAUGUGGCCUUUUUCCAUAUAUUAGAUAACGAUAACCACCGGAAAAUAGUUGUAGAGAAACAAAUUCACUUUUUUGACAUCUCGUACAUUGCACACAGACACGAAUACAAUAAUAUUUAGUGAUAAAAUCAUCAACUACCAAUCGAAUUCUCAACAAUAAUAUUCAUUGGAUUCAUUAUUGAAUCAUUCAAUAAAAUUUGUGAAACUUGGUUUAAAAAAUCACAUCUGAUAUUAUCAUUGAAAUUGAACAAAAUAUUCGAAAAAUUUUCUAUUGGGCCUGGAAAAAAAUAUAUUACAUAUAUAAAAGUUAAACUUGUGUUUAUGACAACAAUUUAUUGUUUCAUUAUCAACAAUGGACGCCAAUAAUCAAGAUGCCAAUAAUAAUCAACAAGAUCAACAACAACAACAAUCUCAGGAUGAACAUGAUCAAGAUGGACCAUUGCCUAAAGGAUGGGAAAAACGAGUAUCACGAUCCACUGGCCAGGCAUAUUAUUUAAACAUUUACACUAAAGAAUCACAAUGGGAUCGACCUACACAAGAAGCCAAUACAAAGGAUAAUGAAAAGAUACGAUGUUCGCAUCUAUUGGUCAAACAUAAUCAAUCACGACGUCCUAGUUCAUGGCGUGAAGAGCAUAUCACACGAACCAAAGAGGAAGCACUAGCAUUGAUUCAAGAUUAUCAUGAAAAAAUUUCAAACGGUGUGGCCACAUUAGAUGAACUUGCAUCCGAACUAUCUGAUUGUUCAUCAGCUAAACGUGGUGGUGAUUUAGGAUUUUUUGCUCGUGGUGCUAUGCAAAAACCAUUCGAAGAAGCUGCAUUUGCUUUAAAAGUUGGUGAAUUAUCGCAGGUGGUUGAAACGGAUUCUGGUGUUCAUCUAAUACUACGUACAGCUUAGAAUUUUUUUCGUCAGCAUUUUCUUUUUUGUGCUUGAGUGUGUGUGGGCCUUUUGAGUUUGCUGUGUAAAAAAAACUAUUACAUUUAAUACAUAAUUACAGGUAGUAAAAUGGUUCUGUUUUGUACUAUAGGUAAAGUAUCAUAUCGAUUGUCAAAUAUUUCAUUUUACAUCUUGUAGAAAUGAUUUUAUGUGUCACAUUCAACGUGCAUAAAAGUGUGUGUGUGUUCUCGAAGCUUAAUUAUUUCAUUUUUUCAAAUUGUCCAAAUUGCUUAUCAAUUUAGCGAAUUCACAUUUUGUCAAAUCGAAGCAAUAAUCAUCACAAACUUGAAUUUCAUUCACGAAUUUCUGUUUUUUUUUAAACAUUCAAGACACACCCACACGCACCUGUUGAAACGCACAUAACACCUUCAGAAUUAAAAAAAAACUUUUCAUCACGUUUUUACAUAAUUAUAUCAAAAAAAAAUGUAUUUAUUAUUAUAUCACACAUUUCAAACGUUUUAGCACAUACACAAACAUAAAGCAUUGAUAACAAUUUCAUCUCACAUUUGAUUCAUAUAUAUUGAUUAUCAUCAUUAAAGAUUAAAAUAAUAAUUUUUUCUUCA